UCAUGCAUUUGAAUCAGAGUUGUGAGGUAUUCUGAGAAAAAAAAUUGUGUUUAAAAAAAAAAUGUCCUAGUUACCAAUGCCAAUUUUGAGAAAGUCAGAAUUAUAUCAGAAAAAGUCAGAAUAGCUCACUAUUCUGAUGUUAUUAUUACUACUAAUAAUAGUGCAGUUAAAAAGGGAUGCGUUGUCUCAUCUAGCUUAAAAUGAUGCAUUGAAAGUUGUAAAUGUUAGCAGUAAAAGUUGAUACAUGAUUCCACAAAGUCAAAACCUUGCUUAUGCAGCAUGUAACACAACUUUCAUAUCAUACCACCAGCACUGAAACCCAAUACAAGUUCAUUUUGAUUGUGUUCCAUCAAAUUAACAACUUAAAACAAAAUCUAAUUUGCUUUGCUUACAUGUGAUUUAUAAUAUGUCUAAAAUGAUUCUGCAUCUGCAAAAUUUCUAUGUGAGAGAUCAGGGGCAAUUGUAACAUGUUUCUUCAUAACUCAUAGACUACUUAAAAUACACCAGUCAUCCUUUGAUACAAGAAGCAAAUAUGUGCACUAAUUAAAAAUACAACUGAUAACAUAGUGAUGUAUUUUCACUAACAAGGACAAGACUAUAAUAAAUUAAAUGCAAGAAAGAAGAGUGUUACUCUUGGUGGGAGUGACUGAAACAAGUAAAAAUAUAAAAAAAAAGCCUCCCUCAGUAAUCAUUUUACUGCUGUAGUAUCUAAUGUUACUUUCUGUAUAUGGUUCAAAUUCUUUUGGAUGUCAGCAGUUAUAUGCAUCUAAAAAGCAAAAGUCAAUUUCUAGACUUUUGCUAUAUUUUGUUAAAAGGAUAAUGCAUUGCACAGACUGUGUGUUAAAUGACUUGUUGUGCUACAUUCAUUUCAGUGCAGGGGUCCAGGCUUGUGGCUGAAACUGAAACUAUAGGUUCAUUUUACCAAACGGAAGAUGAGCCUCCACAAAUGCAAAAACGCUUUCAGUGGCCAAAUGUUGUUAACAAGACAUACCUAAUGCAUAAUCAUUACUACCAAAAAGGAUAAACGCUUCAGUCAAAACAUAAACAUAAAACUAAAUCUACACGCAAAAAAACAAACACAUUAAGAAGCAAACCAAUGGAUUUUAGAGGGUUUUGACCAAUAUUCGGGGAUAAGUACUGCCACCUACUGGAUAUCAGGAGUCUUAUAGAAGGCACUGGAAAAUAUAUCAUAUUUCUCUCCUUUAUGUGAUGCAUUCAGCUCAUGCCUAGUGGCCUUUAGUGGCCACGAUAAACCAUUUAAGGCUUUGUUAGCAUUGCAUUUAUGCCUGAGAUGAUAAGGAUGACAGGUUGGAGGAGAAUUUAACAUCAGUACGCUAUUUUAUAUAACCAAGUGCACAAAACCUAAAAAAGGUGAGCUAUUGAAUGAGACAUGGGCAUUAUGAAGGGGUAAAGCGUCAGAUGAAAACCAUGCUUUGGCUUCAGAGAGAUGUGAGAUUGCCUUGCAAGGCUUGUGCGGUUCGAAGACUUCCUCUUUCUUUCCUGUCAGUUUCUCUCCCUGUUUACUGCAGUUCUCCCUUCGUGGUGACCUUAUCCAAGAACUAGACUACGUAAUUAUCAGCCAUCAUGAAUCCCAUGUCACAUCUAUACUACAAAAAGAGCAGCUACUCUCCGUACCGGGACCGAAUCCCUCUACAGAUCGUCCGGGCGGAGGUGGAGCUAUCCCCAGAGGAGCGUUCGUUCCUUUCUGCCGUGGAAAAGGGUGACUAUGCAGGGGUCCAGCAUGCACUACGUGAGGCGGAGGUCUACUACAAUAUUGACGUCAACUGUGUGGAUCCAUUGGGCCGCAGUGCGCUUCUAAUUGCGAUUGAGAAUGAGAACCUUGAGGUGAUGGAGCUGCUUCUGGAUCAUGGAGUGAACACUGGAGACGCUCUGCUUUACGCCAUCCGCAAAGAGGUGGUGGGAGCUGUAGAGUUAUUGCUGUCCCACAGGAAACCCAGUGGAGAAAAACAGGUUCCAUCAUUAAUGAUGGAUGCCCAGUUUUCUGAGUUCACACCUGACAUCACUCCCAUCAUGCUUGCCGCCCACACAAACAACUAUGAGAUCAUCAAACUCCUGGUCCAACGAAAAGUCACCAUCCCUCGGCCGCACCAGAUCCGCUGUGACUGUGUGGAGUGUGUGUCCAGCUCUGAGGUGGACAGCUUACGUCACUCUCGGUCCCGUCUCAACAUCUAUAAAGCACUCGCCAGCCCCUCUCUCAUCGCCCUCUCCAGCGAGGAUCCCAUCCUAACCGCCUUCAGACUGGGAUGGGAACUAAAGGAGCUCAGUAAAGUGGAGAAUGAGUUUCGACAAGAGUACGAGGAGCUUUCUCAACAGUGUAAGCUCUUUGCCAAAGACCUGCUGGACCAGGCACGUAGCUCCCGUGAGCUGGAGACCAUCCUCAAUCACCGUGAUGACCAGAGCGAGGAGCUGGACCCACGAGAGUGCCGGGACUUGGCCAAACUCAAGUUGGCCAUUAAAUAUCACCAGAAAGAGUUUGUGGCACAGCCAAACUGUCAGCAGCUCUUGGCCACAUUAUGGUAUGACGGCUUUCCUGGCUGGCGGCGCCGUCACUGGGCAGUUAAGCUGGUCAUGUGCUUCAUUAUCGGCCUGCUCUUCCCUGUUUUUUCGCUGGUCUACCUGCUGGCUCCAAAAAGCACACUGGGGCUCUUCAUUAAAAAACCCUUCAUCAAAUUUAUCUGCCACACAGCCUCCUACCUCACCUUCCUCUUCCUCCUCCUCCUAGCCUCACAGCACAUAGCACGCACCAACCUACACAUGCAGGGCCCUCCGCCCACUGUGGUGGAGUGGAUGAUACUACCUUGGGUGCUGGGCUUUAUAUGGGCUGAGAUUAAGGAGAUGUGGGACGGAGGUUUUAAUGAGUACGUCCAUGACUGGUGGAACCUGAUGGAUUUUGCCAUGAACUCUCUCUAUUUGGCCACUAUAUCUUUGAAGAUUGUCGCGUAUGUCAAGUACAACAGUUCUCGUCCACGAGAGGAAUGGGAGAUGUGGCAUCCGACCCUGAUUGCUGAGGCUUUGUUUGCCAUCGCUAACAUCUUCAGCUCGCUCCGGCUCAUCUCCCUCUUCACGGCCAACUCUCACCUGGGCCCGCUGCAGAUCUCACUUGGCCGCAUGCUGCUGGAUAUCCUCAAGUUCCUCUUCAUCUACUGUCUAGUGCUUCUGGCCUUCGCCAAUGGACUCAACCAGCUAUACUUUUACUACGAGACUGAGGCAGCCGAUGAACCCAACCAUUGCAAGGGGAUCCGCUGCGAGAAACAGAACAAUGCAUUCUCUACGUUAUUUGAAACACUUCAGUCACUGUUCUGGUCGAUAUUUGGCCUCCUGAAUUUGUAUGUAACAAACGUGAAAGCUCGGCACGAGUUUACAGAGUUUGUUGGAGCCACUAUGUUCGGCACCUACAACGUCAUCUCAUUGGUGGUUCUUCUCAACAUGCUCAUCGCUAUGAUGAACAACUCCUACCAGCUCAUCGCAGACCAUGCUGACAUCGAGUGGAAGUUUGCUCGUACCAAGCUGUGGAUGAGUUAUUUCGAUGAGGGUGGGACACUCCCCCCACCGUUCAACAUCAUCCCCAGCCCUAAGUCAUUCUGGUACCUGUGUCGAUGGGUACACGGGCGGCUCUGCGGGUCAGAAGCUGCUCCGCCUGAAGAAGACCCCCAUAAACAUGAGAAUCUGAAGGAGUUUACGGAAAAGCAUGCUGACAGGCUGAUACAGAAUCAACAUUAUCAGGAGGUCAUCCGUAGCCUAGUGAAGAGGUACGUGGCGUCCAUGAUCCGCAGCGCCAAGACAAGCGAAGGGCUGACGGAGGAGAAUUUCAAGGAGCUGAAACAGGAUAUUUCCAGUUUCCGCUACGAAGUUCUGGACCUUCUUGGCAACCGAAAGCCACCCCGGAGGAACUAUUCCUCCAGCAGCGAGGCCACUCUUCGAGACGAGGUCAGCGACGACGGUGAGGCCUGCCACCACAGCGACGGGAGCAGCAUCGGGGCCAAAGGUGUGUCUUUCAAAACCAUAACACCUUCAGACCCGUCGUACGGAGUCUCCGCCCUCUUUCGUUCCAUCUCCGGAAUGGAGGUCGCUACGACGACGACAGCGGCGGAAUCAUCUGCAUACAGGGAGGGUAAACCAAAGAUCAACGGACUGAGGAAGAACCCCUCGCCCUCCUCUUCCCUGUCCUCAGUGGCUCCAUCAAGACCUGCACUUUCACGAACUUGGAGGCGCUUUUCCCGCUUCUCGAGUUCCAAGAAGAACUCCUUCAGACGGCUCGGCCUGCUGUUCUCACGCAUGGGCAGCCACCUUCCGCAGCCGGCAGGUGUCACCGCUGCAACCUACACUAUCUCAGAUGGAUUGCUUCACCCGCCGGGGGCUUGGCAGGACUUGGGCUUCACCAGGGGUGCCGGACCCGUCACCCGAAGCGAGACCAACCUUAAUCAGGUGGACGUGGGUGCUUUAAAUGAGGGCGAAGGUGCCAUGACGACCAAUGGACAGAGAGCUAACGGAAGGGAUGUUUUACUGACAUUAGGACCUCUGUCCCCUCCCUCUUCCCUGCACUGUGCUUCCAGUUUCUCCGCCUCCAGCUCCCGCCUCCUGGACUCAAAUGAGGACGUGUUCCAGGGAUUGGUCGGGCCCUGUGGCGGACAAACGCCAGACUCCUCCUGCUGGGUAACAGAACAGGACGAUUCGGUGACCACGCAGCUAUAGUAUUGCUAGUAUGUACUGUACAGCACUUUGAUAAUAACAAUAAUCAGUGAUGAUAUCAAUAACUAUUACCUUAACCACAACCGAUUCUUCUGUUUGUUCUUUUGUUUGCUGCUGCAAUAUUUGUCAUUCCUUUCUGAGAUUUAACCAAAUCGACAGUUAUUUACAAGAGAGUUAGGAUGAAUGAAUUAAAUGAUGGAUGAAAGAGAUUCAGAAGGGACAGAAAAGUGCCAUCAUCAGAGAAAUGUAGGCCAGGUUGCAUUUUUGUAUCUUCAUUACAUCACAUUGUUCAGUUUCAUGUCAUUCCAAACCGCUAUGAUUUUUUUUUCUUCUGCAGAACACAAAAGAAGAUACUUUGAAGACAAACGUUUUGGCUACCACCGACUUCUAUGGACCAUUUUCACAGAUGUGUCUUAAAUCUAGUUUCUAAGAAUCUAGUUAAUAAAUCUAAAUCUUUUUUUUUUUUUUUUUUUUUUUUUUUACAAAUUACAUUUUCUUGUUUAUUUUACAUUAUAACACUGUGUGUUUUCUGUGUGGCACUGAAUUACAUAAAACUAUAUAAUACCACUGUGUUUCUAUUUCUAAUAUCAAUAAUAUCGAUUUCUCAAUAUGUUUUUUUCCUGUUUGUAAAGUAAUAAAAACACCAGUUUAGAUUUUGCUUUUACUUUUGCAACAUGUGGGAAUGCAAAAAAUUAGUAGUAAAAAAGUUAAAGCUUCCCUUUACCACUGUAGAGGUGUCCACUUCUAAGAACCCCAGAAAUGUGAAAAUGGUCCAUUGUAUAAUAAGUCAGGUUUGGAAUGAUCAGAAUUGACUGUUUAGUUUCUUAGGUGUAAGUGACUCUUUCAGACAAAUCCAGUCUGAGUCCUGGCCCCGCCAAGCCUCUUAAUGGGACAAAGCGGGUGUUUGUUGUCGACAGUUUAGAAGAAGCGCAUUAUUUGAGCGGACUUUGCUUUUUGAGCUUUGUUAUUUGAGUGGACUUGAGAGGAAUACUGAACGCAGCAUCAAACUGUGCAAUGACAAGGGCAGGAUGCGCUAUGUAUUAUAUUGCAUAGCAUUUUCGGCUCGCAUUUUCAGCUGCUUGAAAAUGAGCGGUCGAAAUUUCGGUGCAUCCCUAAUUUUUUUAAUAUAACUCAGAUUGGAUUUGUCUAAAGAAGAACGUUGCAUACACCUAGGAUGCUUUAAAGGUGAGUAAAACACAGGUUCAUUUUUCAUUUUUGGGUGAACUAACCAUUUAAUACAUAUUCCAGAUGUCAUUGUGCAUGAUUCAUCAGCGCAUGUCAUUCCAUACUUUUGUCUUCAUCGAAAAAUCUAAUAUCUUGAUCAUUAUUUUAGCCGAUGUUAAGUAAGACCUUCAGGAUGUUAAUAUCAAUUAGCCAUUUAAACAUUUUCUUAUUGAAUUGUUAGUGCAGUAAUAUAAUAACAAAUGCAGAGUGUUACUUUUGGGAUUCAACCCAUCAAAAUUUUUAUUUAUUAAUUUAUUUACAUCAGUAAAAUAGUUUGUCAAUGCUGUUUCAUGUUGACUUUAACCCUAAACCACAGUAGUCAACCAAUUCAUGCCAUUCAACUCAUAAUUCAGCGUUAUAUCUCCAAUGUGACAAAACGCAUUGUCAGUUCAUGUAUUUCUUUUUUAUAGAAAGUUCUCAUUGGAAAGCGUACUUGAGCGAGAAACACAUCUGAUAUGGAUCUACAGUGCAUGUUUAAGGACAUCAUGCUCUUGGUGGAACAGGUUUGAUGUUUUUUUUUCCUCAGUAACUGAUCAGUGAGCCGUUGGCACUCAUGCGGUGAAGGUUUUUCACUUUAGUGCUAUGAUACGUGCACAUCAUAGUGUGAUAUUACUCGUGUUAUGCACCCGGAGGGCUGAAGUUAUGCUAGAAUCUAACAUGACUGAAAUCUUAUUUUUGUAUUUUGAAUAGCAUGUACAAAUGAUUUAAUUUCAAGACUGUUUUAGUCUAGACAGACAUUAUUUAUACAUUAUACUAUUAUAAUGUUUUUGGAGCUGUUUUUUUUCUUCUUUGACUGCUUACUUUUUACUGUAUGUGAAUAUUAAUUAGUAUAUUAUAAUAAUCAGGUAUAGGGGAGAUGUCCAGAGACAUGCAUCGAAUAAGACAUCCCCCUGCUCUGCGAUGAUGAAUGCUGACAAACCAUGUACAGCGCCAUGCAAAAAUAUUCUGACUUUUGACCAACUCUGAUUUUUUACUAUAACUAUGACAUUGACGAUACUUGCAUUUAGAGGUCAUUUUUAAUUUGACAUAGUUUUAUGUUGGAGAGUAAAUAAAAAGUGAUAAAAAAUUACCUAAAAAACCAGCAUAAAUAAUGAA